AUGAUACUGAACGUUGCUCAAUUGGGAUUCUCACGCCUUAAAUUCUUUAUCGUUCAUCGGCUUAUCUUGAUGGAAGAUGUCUCCUGCAGUGUUCCUUGUCCAUGUUCUAAUCUAUCUAUCUAUCUAUCUAUCUAUCUAUCUAUCUAUCUAUCCUGUUCGUAUCUAUCUAUCUAUCUAUAUAUCUAUCUAUCUAUGUCUAUACAUAUCUCUCUCAUUCUGCAUCUAAUCCAUCUAUCUUUCUAUCUAUCUCAGCCGCAAUCAAUCUAUCUAUUUAUCUAUCUCUCUAUCUCUCUAUCUAUCUAUCUAACUAUAUACAUUCCUCAAUUAUUUUCAAAUUACCUCGUUUUUCCUACUCUUCUUUCCCUCUUUUAUUUUGCUUUCCACUUUCGUCUAUAUUUCAGUAUUUCCUUCCGUUUUUCUCAUGUCUUUCCUCCCUCUCGCCACAUGCCUGCCACUGAUUGCUUAAUUUUUGUUUCUUUCCAUUAUAUUGUUUCUGUAUUGUUAUUUUUUAAAUAUUUUCUUAUUUCUUCUUCAAAUAUUCCUCCUUUUUUUUCGUUCUUCCUUAUUUUAUUUCUUGAUAUUUCCAUUUUCUUUUCUUCCUCUCUUCAUCUUUGUCACUUGUUCCUCUCAUAUUUUAUUUUACGUUUCCAUUUCGCUUCCGACUGA